UUCUUCCUCUCCUCCACCCCGAGGAGAGCGUAACGUCUAGCUGCCACCACUCCUGGAGUUUGGUACUACCUAAUGAUAUCCUUCACCGGAACCUUUAUAGUCACACCGGUCUCCCUUACUUGAUUGUGUCACACCGGUCACCAGCCAUGUCUUCGGUUGGCACCACUUCUCAAUCGUUUCUCUUCAAUCGUUUCUCCUUAACCGUUUCUUCUCAAUCGUUUCUUCUCGAUCGUUUCUCCACUUCCUCUUUCCUUCUCUCAACACUGUCUCUCAACAUCGCCUAAACAACGCCUAUCUUCUACCAUGGCCAGCUUGGAGGGAAAGGUCACCAUUUGCGAAACCAUUGUCUCUUACGAUUUUGGUGACAAGCUGCUUUGUGCAAUCGCGCUUAGUACAUUCCCAUAUAGUGGUCCCUUUCACGGGGUCUUUCAGGCGCUUCCACGCAACGACCGCAUGGCCGUGUAUGGAGAUUCGGUGGCCUCGAGCUACCUUUGUCGAAGGUGGGUUGAUACUGAUCUGCAAAAAGGUGAAUGGGAUACAAUUCGCCAGGCUGUCCUGGGAAACCGCAAUCUUGCGGCUAUCGGAUUCGCGCAUGAACUCCGACCUUGCGUGAUGCUCAAUCCUGGAACCACAACCCUGUCAGCGAAAACAAUGGCUACUACGGUGGAGGCAAUCCUUGGUGCCGUCUUCAUCGAUGGUGGCGAUGCUGCCCUGGCGCAGGUGAUGGGAACACUCGGCCUAACCCAUACUCUCCUUGAAGUUAGCCACCUUGGCGAAGCUAUGUUAUUAUAUAAUCAUAACCCAGGCUAA